UGGUUGUAUGCAUUGAACGAGUGAUCAGUUGUUCAGUUGUUUUGUUAUCAAAACAUUGAAUCAGUUUUGGACGCAAUUUGCAAAUAACGGAUCAAAUGAAGUGAUUCUUUGAUUAUCGCCGAACCACACGACCAGUCCAUCGCAAGUAUGUCCAUUCAGUCGUCCGCAGCCAUCACUCAGCAAAACACCACUCAAUUGAACACUGAAUCCGAUGUCAAAGAGAGCCAUAAAUUCAAUUUCAUCUACACUUCAGACUUGGAUGACGUCUUCUUUAGGAUCAAAUGCGGUACUUUAGAGGGAUUGGAGACCAACUGUAAACUUAAUGAUCACUUGGUAUCACCACAUCUUUACAUAACAUGUGAUCUCUAUUCCAAUGGACACCUCUUGUGUCCAACACAACAGACUCCUUACAAACAUAUGACCACCAGAUUUGACUGGAAUGAGUGGCUGUUAUUCCCUCUGAAACUGUCAGACAUUCCUCGCGACACUCUCUUAAGUCUAACGGUUGUUGACACAUCCAGUGGCGGCAAACCUCUCAUUUUGGGCGGAACUGCGAUCACAGUCUUCGGAAAACACGGCUCAUUGCGGAGAGGGAUGUAUGACCUGAGGGUUUGGCCGAACACUAACAACAACUCGGAUGACAAUCACAUGAAUAAAGGAAAGCAUAAUAUCUCGGAUGAAAUCAAUCGAUUGAAUAAACUGAAGAAGAAGUACAGAAACGGCGAAUUGGUUCGCAUUGAUUGGUUGGAUAGACUCACGUUUCUGGAGAUCGAGAAUAAGGUUCAGAAUGAGAAGAAGAACACCAGUUAUAUCUACCUCUCGAUUGAGUUUCCCGUUGUGUCCAUCAAUGGUGUCGACCAUUCGGUGGUAUACUUCGAAAGGGGAGCUGAAGAGAGCUGUCAGUACAGCUUCAUUGAGAAUGAUUUGGUGAUAAUUGCCGACCCGGAGAUGUCACUGGAAAAUCUGGUUGAAAGCAAACACCAUAAGCUGUCCCGAAGUGUGAGGAGUGGUAUCAAUGAUCGGGAUCUGAAGCCGAACGCGGCGGUCAGAGACCAAUUGAAUGCCAUUAUGUGUUACCCUCCAACCAAAGUGUUGACUAAUGAAGAACAGGACUUAUUGUGGAAAUUCCGCUUCUAUUUAGUGAAUCAGAAGAAAGCGUUGACUAAAUUCCUGAAGUCUGUCAACUGGCAGUUGACUAACGAAGCACAUCAGGCCAUCCAAUUGCUCGCCAAUUGGCAACCCAUCGACAUCGAGGACGCGUUGGAACUGUUGUCGCCUCUGUUCCAACACCAGGCCGUCAGACGAUAUGCCGUCACACGUCUACGACACGCACCCGACGAGGAACUGCUGUUAUAUUUACUGCAAUUAGUUCAGGCGCUCAAGUAUGAGAACUUUGAAGACAUUAGACUUGCAUUUGAAAGGGAAAAGACUAUUCCUAUGGAAGACAAGACUACCGAUAGAGAAAGAAAGAGCAGCACAUCGUCCGCUGUUUUGAGUGAUUCCUUAAAUUCGUUGAGAAUUGAAGUCCAAACCAAUGAAAACAUUGAAAGUGAUGCCAAUGAAAAAGAGGAGGAUUUGUCGACAUUCCUGAUCUCGAGGACGAGUGCGAACGACACGUUAGCCAACUAUUUCUUCUGGUAUUUGAUGGUUGAGUGCGAAAACGGACAAAUCAAUGACGUGUCCAACACUACCACUAAUGCCAACAAUGCCAGUGAACCGAUUCGAGUGAGCGAUAUGUACCUAAUAAUGAUGAGACGAUUCAGUUGUAGACUACACAGAGGGAGCGCCGACAUGAAGGCGCGCCGACAGCUGCUGACCAGACAGCAGACAUUUGUAGAGAAAUUGGUAGCACUGAUGAAAGUGGUGGCGCGAGAGAACGGCAACCGAAAGAAGAAGAUUGAACGCCUCCAGAACCUGCUGUCCGACGCCGAUACCUUCAAAAUCAAUUUCACGACCUUUGAUCCCUUACCCCUACCCCUCGACCCCGACAUUAAGAUAACGGGUGUCAUGCCCUCCAAAGCUACACUUUUCAAGAGCGCUCUUAUGCCGGGAAAACUGGCGUUUAUGACCACAAAUAAUAGCGAGUAUUUCCUAAUCUUCAAACACGGCGAUGACCUCAGACAGGAUCAGCUCAUCCUUCAAAUGAUUACUUUAAUGGAUAAACUGUUGCGCAGAGAGAACCUCGACUUAAAGCUCACUCCGUAUAGGGUUUUGGCCACAAGUAGUAAACACGGAUUCGUUCAGUUCAUUGACUCGAUAUCAGUGGCCGAAGCGCUGGCAGCCGAAGGAAGUAUUCAAAACUACUUCCGAAAGCAUACGCCCGCAGACGCCAUAUAUGGCAUAUCUCCUGAAGUAAUGGACGCGUACGUCAAGUCAUGCGCUGGUUAUUGUGUGAUAACAUACCUGUUGGGCGUCGGUGACCGACAUUUAGAUAAUUUAUUACUGACGCGAACCGGAAAGUUGUUUCACAUAGACUUCGGGUUCAUUCUGGGCAGAGAUCCCAAACCAAUGCCACCGCCAAUGAAAUUAAGUCGUGAAAUGGUGGACGCCAUGGGCGGCACUAAUUCCGAACACUACCAGUCCUUUCGAAAGCUGUGUUAUACGGCUUUUCUGCAUCUAAGACGACACGCGAACCUAAUACUGAACUUAUUCUCGCUUAUGGUCGACGCCAGUGUCCCCGACAUUGCCUUAGAACCCGACAAAACGGUUAAGAAAGUUCAGGAUAAGUUCAGACUCGACCUCAACGACGAGGAGGCCGUUCACUACAUGCAAGCGCUCAUUGAUGUGAGCGUUAAAGCAGUCAUUCCAGCCGUUGUCGAGCAGAUCCACAAAAUGGCUCAGUAUUGGAGGAACUGAUUACUGAUUGCCUUAUCAUAUGUGCCUUAUAUUCGGCUUAUUAUUUAAAUUGAAUUCAUAUAAUUUGGAAAUUAUCGACACUUUUCAUAAUUUAUUCAAUAAUUGUAUGAAUUUUUAGUUUAAAUAUAUUUUAAAUUAUUAAUGUAUAGAACGGCUUAUAAGGCGACCAAACUGUCCAAAGGUUUUAGUUCACACAAAAGUCUUUUAAUUUAUUGUUUACAUUACAAAUUAGUUUACAU